UCGGUUUCGGUGAAAUUAAUAUUUCAGAGGGGUAAAUGAAUCCAUAGCUUUAUAUAAAUUGAGAGCUUUGGAGAGCCCAUUGCAUGAACUUCUCUUACUUUUAUACACAGUUUCCUUAACCAAACACGUAAACGUUCUGGCCAUGGCUGCAUCUUUCUCUGUUCCUUCAGUGAUAAUGGAAGAAGAAGGGAGAUUUGAAGCUGAAGUUGCAGAAGUGCAGGCAUGGUGGAACUCAGAGAGGUUCAGGCUAACCCGGCGACCAUAUUCAGCUAGAGACGUCGUGGCUCUACGAGGAAACCUCAAACAAGGCUAUGGUUCGAACGAGAUGGCAAAGAAACUAUGGAGAACUCUCAAAAUUCACCAAAUAAACGGCACAGCCUCCAGGACUUUCGGUGCACUUGACCCUGUUCAAGUAACCAUGAUGGCCAAGCACCUUGACUCCAUUUACGUGUCUGGUUGGCAGUGCUCCUCAACUCACACCACUACCAACGAGCCAGGUCCAGACCUUGCCGACUACCCUUAUGACACUGUCCCAAACAAGGUCGAGCAUCUUUUCUUCGCACAACAGUACCAUGACCGCAAACAGAGAGAGGCAAGAAUGAGCAUGAGCCGCGAGGAGAGAGCUAGAACUCCUUAUGUUGAUUACUUGAAGCCGAUUAUAGCUGAUGGUGACACCGGUUUUGGUGGCACCACGGCCACUGUUAAGCUCUGCAAGCUUUUCGUUGAACGUGGAGCUGCCGGAGUUCACAUCGAGGACCAGUCUUCUGUAACCAAGAAAUGCGGCCACAUGGCUGGUAAGGUGCUGGUUGCUGUUAGCGAGCACAUUAACAGGCUUGUGGCUGCGAGGUUGCAGUUCGACGUGAUGGGUGUGGAGACUGUGCUGGUGGCUAGAACUGAUGCUGUUGCAGCUAAUCUGAUUCAAACCAAUGUGGAUACGAGAGACCAUCAGUUCAUUUUGGGUGCAACAAAUCCGAAUCUGAGAGGCAGAAGCUUGGCUACUCUUUUGGCUGAAGCCAUGGCUGCUGGUAAAACAGGGGCUGAGCUUCAAGCCAUUGAGGAUAACUGGAUAUCCAUGGCGGGACUCAAGACUUUCUCUGAAUGUGUGAUGGACGCCAUCAGAAACACGAAUGCUGGAGAGGAUGAAAAGAGGCGGAGACUGAAUGAGUGGACGAACCAUUCUAGUUUCGAUAUGUGUCUGUCCAACGAACAAGCUAGAGAGAUUGCAGACAGAAUGGGGCUGAACAAUCUUUUCUGGGACUGGGAUUUACCAAGAACCAGAGAAGGUUUCUACCGGUUUAAAGGGUCUGUAAUGGCUGCAAUUGUCCGUGGCUGGGCUUUCGCUCCUCAUGCAGAUCUCAUCUGGAUGGAAACUUCGAGCCCAGACUUGGUUGAGUGCACAAAAUUUGCAGAGGGUGUGAAAUCAAAGCAACCGGAGAUCAUGUUGGCUUACAAUCUUUCACCGUCUUUCAACUGGGAUGCGUCGGGAAUGACCGAUGAGCAAAUGCGGGAUUUCAUUCCCAGAAUUGCCAAGUUAGGGUUUUGCUGGCAAUUCAUUACGCUGGCAGGGUUCCACGCCGAUGCUCUGGUCGUCGACACAUUCGCCAGAGAUUUUGCCCGGCGGGGAAUGCUGGCUUAUGUGGAGAAAAUCCAAAGAGAGGAAAGAAACAAUGGAGUUGACACACUUGCUCAUCAAAAAUGGUCAGGUGCAAACUACUAUGAUCGAUACCUGAAGACAGUUCAGGGAGGCAUCUCUUCCACCGCCGCCAUGGGCAAAGGAGUUACAGAGGAGCAAUUCAAGGAAACAUGGACGAGGCCGGGAGCCACGGACAUGGGAGAUGGCAGGGUGGUGGUGGCGAAAGCGAGAUUGUAAGGAGAGCUCAGCUGGCUAUGGUGAAAGGGUUGAUACUGGGG